AUGAAGGAGUGUGAAUGGAGAGUUGGUAUUCCUUUUAAUAUCCCACAAAGGUGGAAUUGCGAUGAAAUUUGCAGAGCAAAACUUCACAAUGAACAAAUGUACACACGAACCCACGUACGGAUACCUGCUAUCAAAUGUAGCAAUGUAACACGAACAGUAGUAUGCACUAAAGCUUUUUUUAGAUUCUCAUUAUCUGUAAUCUCUGAUCAAACAGUUACUUCACAUUUCUGUAGAAAUUUAGAUCGUCAAAAGAAAACAGACGGAGAGGAAUUGAUUCAA